CUAGAAUGGCAACUUUGUAUCCGAAGUUUUGCACCUUCAUCGCACGAUCUUCAAGAGAAGUUCGAUCACCUAUCAUUACCUGACCUGACAUUCGUGUUAAAAAUGUCUUCUGAGGUGUGUUUGGAUAUGGAAAUACGAAAGUUAAAACCCGGCGAGUUGUACAUUUUAAGCAAUAUAUUAAGUAUUUCUGAUUCAUGGAAGAAACUAAUGGCUAUCGUGCCUAAGCAAGGAAAUGUACCCAAAUUCACUAGUGAUCAUAUCAGUAUAAUUGAACAAACAGCAUACGGAGACAAGCGCAAUGCAGCUGAAGUAUUUUUAAAUGAAUGGAGUACUAUGGGAAGAAAGAGACCAACAUUAAGAUUAUUACUGGAACUUCUUACAAAAGCGGAAUUAUUUAGAGCAGCUGAUUAUGUGGCAUGCGAUAUAUUAAAACAGGAAAGACCAAAGAGGCCAGAUUAUGGUCCAGCUGCUUCUAUUGAUAUAAGUGAUGCAGCUAUAAAUAAAUUAUUAGGGAAGAAUCAAAUGGAUACAUCUGCUGAAUCUAUGAUAGUAGAACCAACAUCAGAACUAAUUUCAGAAAUUAAUAGAAUGUAUUCUGGUGAUGAUGCAAAUAAAGCUGUCAAUGAAAAUAUAUUGAAUGCAGACAAUGCAGAUGCUGAUAAUUCUUUAAAUUAUCAAAAGUCUGUAGAAGAUGAUUUAAUUGCAAGUAUCAAAUCAGAUUUAAUAAAAUUUAGUGUUAUGGAUAUUUGUAAAGAGGUGAACAAAUAUACAGAGCCUACAUCUCUUGCUUCAACAUCCAAAUCUAAUCCUGCAGAGAUUAAAAAAGAGAAUUCAAUAAAAUUAGAUGCAACAGCACAAUACUACGAAUGUGAAGAAGUAUCAUCUCAAGAAUUACCAGUAUGUCUUAACCAAUCCUAAAUAAUAUGGUGCUAAAAUGCUGAAUGAACAAAUUGGUUCUCGUCCAAUAUUCAUAUAAAUUUCAUGUUUAAAAUGAUAUUUAAUAUUAGCCUAGUUUUAUAAUAACUUUGAUUUUAUUGAAGGAAUAUAUGUGUAAUAUAUAAAUUAUGUCGAUAAUUUAUUUUAAUUAAUAGACAUUAUAAAAGAUAGAUAUGUAUAAAUGUAAAUGUGUUAUUAAGAGGAAUAUGAAUCGUAAACAAAUAAGCCAAUAAGUAUCUUUAAAGAAUUGUGAACUAAAUUUAAAAGAAGAAAUAUUUUAUAUAAUAUUUUUAAAAUAUAUAGUUUUGUAUAUUUUGCAAUGUG